GCAAGAGGUCCUUCCAGAACUCUAAAGUUCCGAGAGAAGAGAGCCGCCCUUCCUCCGAGACAUGGCCCCUGCUGGAAAGAAGGGUAUUCUGGAGCGCCUGGAUGCUGGAGAGGUAGUGAUCGGGGACGGGGGUUUUGUCUUCGCUCUUGAGAAGCGGGGCUAUGUGAAGGCAGGCCCGUGGACUCCUGAGGCGGCUGCAGAGAACCCCGAGGCUGUUAGACAGCUGCACAGGGAGUUCCUAAGGGCUGGCUCCAAUGUCAUGCAGACCUUCACUUUCUACGCCAGUGAUGAUAAACUAGAGAACAGGGGCCACGUUCAACGCUUUACGGGCCAACAAAUCAACGAGUUUGCUUGUGACCUGGCCCGGGAGGUGGCAAAUGAAGGGGAUGCUCUGGUGGCAGGUGGAGUCUCCCAGACCCCUGCUUAUCUCAGUUGCAAGAGUGAGGAUGAAGUCAAGGCCAUCUUUAAGAAGCAGCUGGAUGUCUUUGUCAAGAAAGAUGUGGACUUCUUGAUUGCAGAGUACUUUGAACAUGUGGAAGAAGCGGAGUGGGCUGUGCAUGUUCUGAAGGCCACGGGAAAGCCAGUAGCUGCUACUUUGUGCAUUGGACCAGAGGGAGACCUGCACAACAUCAGCCCUGGAGAUUGUGCUGUUAAACUUGUCAAGGCUGGAGCUGACAUAGUUGGCAUCAACUGUCACUUUGACCCUGAAACCUGCGUGAAGACAGUCAAAAUGAUGAUGGAGGGAGUGGAAAAAGCUGGCCUCAAAGCUCACUACAUGUGCCAGCCUCUUGCUUACCAUACUCCAGAUUGUAACAGACAAGGCUUUAUCGAUCUGCCAGAGUUCCCCUUUGCCCUCGAGCCAAGAAUCUUGACUAGAUGGGAUAUGCAGAAAUAUGCCAGAGAAGCUUACAAUGCAGGUAUUCGUUACAUUGGAGGCUGUUGUGGUUUUGAACCUUACCACAUUCGGGCCCUGUCUGAAGAGCUGGCAGCAGAGAGGGGAUUUCUUCCAGCUGGUUCAGAGAAACAUGGAUCUUGGGGCAGUGGCCUGGAGAUGCACACAAAGCCAUGGGUCAGAGCUAGGGCUCGUCGUGAUUACUGGGAGCAGUUGAAGCCUGCGUCUGGCCGUCCAUAUUCUUCAUCUUUGUCUUCACCUGAUGCCUGGGGUAUCACUAAAGGUCAUGCUGAUCUUGUGCAGCAAAAGGAAGCGACAUCCCAAGAACAACUAAAGUCACUUUUUGACAAAGCUAAGCAUUAAAAUGACACACUGUCACCAUUCCCUGGUUUACAUGUCUACAAGAACUCAACUUGCCAAGGACCAUUUUAUGACGGACUGGUAUAAAUGAUGUUAAGCCAUGUCUGUUUUCUUAGAUGGGUUGUAAUUACAUAUUUGAGCCCAGUAACAUGACUGACAUUUCACCUGAAGGAUCUGAGUAAUAUUUGCACACAAAUUACAUUAACUCAUAUUAAAUGUGUACACUAAAA